GCGGGCGCUAGAGCGGCGGGGGCCGCGCGGGCAGGCGGGCCAUGGUGGGGCGGCUGAGCCUGCAGGCGGCGGCGGAGCUGCCGGACACGAAGCGGCGCGGGGAGCGGGCGCUGGACAGCCCGGACUCGGGGCUGCCGCCCAGCCCCGGCCCCAGCCCGGGACACUGGCCGCGGCCGCCGCCCGGUGCCCCCGAGCCGAAUCCCGUGUUCUCCCCCAGCCCUCUGCUCUCCAGCUGCCCCCCGCGGCUGUGUCCUCUGUCCUUUGGAGAAGGCGUUGAGCUGGACCCAUUACCGCCGAAGGAAGUCAGGUACACCUCCUCCGUCACAUAUGACUCGGAGAAGCACUUCAUCGACGAUAUCUACAUGCCUAUGGGGCUAGGCCUGUCCGCCUGCAGCCAGACCGUCAUCUGUGUCCCGGAUUGCACGUGGCGCAGCUACAAGUCCGAGGUGCGCUUUGAGCCGCGGAACAAGCCCCUCCGUUUCAGCAGCACCACCAUCGUGUACCCCAAGCACACCAAGACUGUGUUCACCACCACGCUGGAUUACAACUGCCGGAAGGCCAUGCGCCGGUUCUUGUCCAGCAUAGAGCUGGAGUCGUCUGAAUGCGCUGGGAGUGAUUGCCUCCUGGACGGUUGCUGAGUGGCCUCUGUCUCUCUCGCUAUGAUCCGUCCCAGUCUCUAUCCUGUACUGUACUAGCUCUCCGAUAGCUAAAAUGGUUAAAAGCUCUCACUGUCCAGUCCAUCCGAGGGAACCUUACCUGUCGCUACCUCUGUCCUGGCUCAUAAGCACAGCUUUAAGUAUCAAAAUGGCCUGCACUUAUUUUUCUAUGGGAAUUUAGCUUUCUAAGGUAUCGGCUUUUCUGCCUUUAGAGCUGCAGAUUCCCCUCCUGCCGCAGUGCGGUAGUCAGGAAAAAAUAAGGGAAAUGUGUCGCUAGAGGAAAAAUUAUUCUGUCUCUCAUGGAGCAGUGGCUACCACCUGGAAAAGUAUACCUGACUCUUCACGGCGAGGUGUAAAAACAGCAGCCGUUCACUUUUGCUGCGAAAAUAUAGCUCUCGCCUAAAAACAACAAUCCAUCACCUACUUAAGUUUUGAUCACAGGACUUGGUCUUUCAUAAUAAAAACAGCAAAUCUUGAAAUUCUCUGGAAUAGUUUAAUAAAUUAAAAAAUCCAGAAUUUUAUAUUUAAGCAAAUUCCCCCCCGCAAUAUUUUCUAGCUGAAUUGAUGCCUGGUUUUUAAUUUAAAUAUGGAGGAGGAGUGAAGGAGUUUUAGUCAGAGCAAGAGUUAAACUGCUUGUGCAGCAUGGGGCAGCAGGCAUGUAAAGGACACCAAGUUAUCUUUUUUCCAGGCUCCCCCUCUGCACAACCGUACAGAACUUCUUGGUUAGCUCACAGAGCUGCAGGAUUGUGCAACCCCGUACUUCUCGGUGCCAUGCACUAGAGUGUGCCAGGUAUCCCCUGAAACUUGCAGUGGUGAAUGCCAAGCAGAAAAUCAUCCCCAGGUAGCUUUGAAGUCUGUGAAGGUGAGGCCUGGACAAAGUAGAAGCCAAAGAAACCAGUCCCUGCUUGUUGUGAGCCCUCGUGAGCAGCCACAGGGAGAAUUUCAGAGCAUCCACUCUGCCGGCAAGGGCUGACAGAGGCAGCAGAAAUUUGGCGAUCCAGAACCCAAGAAGCUAAUAAUUGCUUUGGGGGGAGGUGUGAGUCAUUUGCAAGGAAGAUGUUGGUUGCAACAGAAGAAAUGCUGGACUUUCCACUGGCUAGAUCCACCGCUAUGCCUCUGCUUUCCAUUGGCCUUUUCCAUGCAGCUCUGUGCUUUCCAUCAAUGAGGACUGGGAUGAGGUAGGGCUUCCAGAGCCACCCUGCUGUACCAAACCAGAGCGCCUUUCAGCAAGAAAGCAGUUAAUCCUGGGAGGAGAAAAGGGAAGAAGCAACCCAUAUAUGCUGAACUGCCCCACCACUGUCUGUGCUAGCCUUUUACACACACAUGCAUUUCUAAAUCUACAAAAUCUUCGUUUCUGUGUUGAAAGAGAGGAGAGAAGUGUGGAAAGCUGCUGCUUUGGAAAGCGUGCUGCUGUUCAUUGCUGUAGUGCAGCAGCCUGAGACAGACUCCGUAGGGACCCGUUCUUGCCUUCUUCGUGUGUCCUGAAAGGCCCCCAAGGGAGGUCAGUCGCUCUUCAGUAGAGUGCCAGCCAGCCUGAGGUCUGUCUCCACGAAGGGGAGUGGUGUGGAGAACAAACUUAAGGGUGAACAGAUUUCACCUGCGCUAGCAAGGAGGGCAGAAUUUGUCCCGGCUGGAGACGGCUGCAGUAAACUUGUUCAUGCAAGUGUUAGGAAAGGCAAGGGGAGGAGGGUGUAUCCUGUAUUGCAGUAGUGGUGUGAACUGAAAUGAAUCACAAGACUGAGAGCACAACAGGAGGAGGAGGAGGAAUUGGGUUGGUUUGGGGGUUCUGUUUUGUUUUUUACUUAUUUAUUCAUUGAAUCAGUUGUUUCUUUCAUCUUUGUUACCUACUCCACAAGCCAGACGUCCUAAAACGCUUCCAGGGGAGGUGCAGGAGGCUGAGGUUGACUAGCUGGAUCCAUAAGAGACCCUGGGCGGGACAAAUCCGAUUGUGACAUGAUUCACCCCGCUGAAUUGGGGCAGAAGUCGCUCAAGAACGACUGUAGUGAGCAGCAGAGCUUAGCACCAGAGGCCCUGAUCCUGUUCUACACAAAACAGGUUUAUUCUGAGAUCGUUCCUUAAAUCUUUCUUAAAAGCACUGUCAAUCAGAGAAAGUGUUUGCUCUAGGCUCUGAGUGUGAGGAGGAGUUCAGGACAAAGCUUUCCCGUGGGCAGGGGUAUUUGAUAAUUGCUUAUUUUGUGGUUUCUGGCACCUUCCUCCUGAAACAACCAUUGUGGAGAUAGGAUGAUGAAACAGAUUGGUUCCCUGGUUUGCUCUGGCAUCGCUACCCUGUGAGCCUGGGAGUAGAGAGCCGGAGAGAGGCGUUCUUCAAACUUGGAACCAUUCCUUGUUUCUAGGUAAAUCAGGAAUCAAAAGAACCUCACGUUGUGUCAUGUGUUCAAACACCUGUUUUUAAAACAAACCGUUUCUCUGUGUACUUUUAAAAGGUUUUAAUUGGUGGAGGAUGGAUGCCUUUUCCAAAUCGCUCAUGUUACUCGGUUUGCAAAGCCCCAACAAUCACUGUGCCAGAUGUCUUCUGACGUCUGCAACAUUUCUCACCCCUCAUUUUCAGCUUGCUUUUUUUUUUUUCAUUUCACUAGUAAUAAAUUAUCUGAAAACCGUAA